UGACGGAGAGCGUUGAUUGGCCAGUUCUUCUGUUCCCGUGUUGAAUCACAUGACCGGAAGCCUCGGAGGCGCGCUAGGUUGGUGAGCGUGAAGGACGCAUGCGCGGGGUUCCGAGAUCCGGGGAGUCUUUGGGAGUGGAACGAUUGUUGGCUAAACCUAAUGUAACACAUGGCGAAUGCCGAGGUUACUGUCCCCAUGGGGGACGUGGUGGUGAUUCCUAGUGACUGCACAGAAGGGGAAGAUCCAGAAGAUACUAAGACUCAGGUGAUCCUGCAGCUGCAGCCUAUUCCUCAUGGAAUGUAUGAGGAGAUGUCCGACACCAAUGCUGCUGUUGUAUCAUUGGAGACUCACACCCUGAAGAUGGGAGAUACACUGGAUGGUGGCACAGUGGAGCUGAGUGAUGACAUUGACAUUGCAUAUCCGAUUACUUGUGGAGACAGCAAGGCUGUUCUACUUUGGAAGAAAUUUGUGUGUCCUGGGAUCAAUGUCAAGUGUGUCAAGUUUAAUGACCAGAUGAUAAGCCCUAAACACUUUGUUAAUUUGGCUGGAAAAUCAACCUUAAAGGAUUGGAAGAGAGCCAUUCGCCUUGAAGGAGUCAUGUUACGAAAAAUGAUGGAUUCUGGCCAGAUUGAUUUUUAUCAACAUGAAAAACUCUGCACAAACACAUGCCGAAGCACAAAGUUUGACCUUCUGAUCAGUAGUGCCCGUGCCCCUGUCCCAGGACAGAGCAAUGUUGUGCAGGCUCCACCAACAGGGGAAGGGCCUCUUUCUUUAGUGACUGUGUCAGAGGAGACUGUAGAAGAGGGUGCUAUCGAAUGGGGCCCAGGACUUACUGCUACAGUGCAGCUGCAUAGAGAUGACUGUGUCAAAAAGGAUGCAGAAGAGAUUUCCGAGGAGACUUUGCUGUUCUGGAAAGGGAUCUCUGACGUGGGACUAAUGGAUGAAGUUAUAAGCAAAGUCCAGAAUGAAAUUGAGGAGAUUUUAAGUGGUGUCCAACAGAGAAUAGACCAUCAACCAUUUCAAAUUACAGAUGCCACUGAACUCAGUAACUUUGCUCAAACAUUUGGACUCCUGGAUGUUGUGAAAAAAGUUUUAGAUCGGAAAAGGAAUCGGACAGAUCAUAGUGAAGAACAAUACCACUAUACACUUGCUGAUCUUGAAAGGCAGCUUGAAGAGCAGAAAAAGCAGGAAGGAGGUCAUUCACCAGUUCUUCAGAAUGUGGUCCUGAUGCCUGUUAACACUCCAAAGCUCUCCAAGAGGCCGCGACUGCAACGUCCAGCAUCUGCUGGUACUUUGAGUACCCAGUCAUCCCAGCAACAGUAUACAGUGCUCUCUCCCCUCACAUUAGCGCCAGUUGGACAGCAGUUUUCUUUAGGUGGUUUACGGUACACCACUGUAUUGGGCAAAACUGAGGAAGGUGAUGCCCUUACUGUAUUGGCAACAGAAAUGCAGGAUUCAGGAUCAUUAAGCGGAGUUAUGAGCCCAGUCGAGCUUGUGGCAAUGGAUUCAGGACUUGGGCAGGAUGGUGUUGGUGAAGAGGGCCAGACAAUUAUUCAGAUAGACCCAGCACCAGACCCUGAAAGUGGAUCUAAGGUAAUGGAACUUGGUGAUGGAAAGGUUCUCGGGGUUAGACACCAUGAUGGCAUGCAUAAUGUGGAAAUUGUGGUGUUAGAAGACGAGUAACAACUGUAAUACACAGAAUGAUCCUAGUUUCUAGAGGUGAAUGGAAACAGUUAAUUUAUUAGACAACCUUCUUUAUUUUUGUUGACUGUUAUAAACCCUAUUAGUUAAUAGAUAAGAUGGAGCCUUUGUCUGUUGAAGGAUGGACCUUUCACAAAGUCCUAUAAAUAUAUUUGUGGCCUGCUCUUUUCCUGUAAAUAUUGUGUAAAAAUAUAACAUGUUGAAAGUUACGUUUUUUAUUAAAACAUCAAAUGUAUUACUAUAUUAUGUAAUAAAGUCAUUUUACGUUGAAUAA